CCCUAAAGCUUCUGGUUAAAGGAGUACUGCCAGCUGAAGAGAGACGCAGACGCGUGCAGGCGAAGAAGGGAGAGGAGGAUUUCCAGCGGUGAAUUCUAAGCUCCUUUGCCUCUAAAAGCGCGGAACCCAAGCUUGAACGAGGGGAGCUGGUGGAAAAGCCCGAGCUAGAGAGAAAGUUAGCUGAGAGAAUAUAGAGAGGAAAAGGAAAUUCGGGUAGAGAACAAGAGAGUAACAUAUUCGGAGGGAAGAGGCAGAAGCCCCGGAGGAGGCAGCUGAAGGAUAAGCCCGACUCAAGAGUAAGAAGCAUCAUAUAAAGAAGGUUUAUUUAAUGGGGUUGGAUGAAUUAGCUGCUAUUGGAAACAAUGCAAUGGAAGAUGAUAAGCUGGAUGACCUUAGUGAAGAAGCAUCUGAAUCUGAAGCAGAGUCAGAAUCAGAUGAAGAGGAAGUUGUGAAGUUGGCAGAACCUUCAAAAAAUGCUGUUUACAACAGAGAUGGGCUUCUUGAAAAGCUUCAAGAUAUUAGCUGGCCAGAGAAUGUUGACUGGAUACACAAGCUUACGGUUGAUAUUGAUCAGGGACAAGAGGUGGAUGUGAACGAUGACCUUGUAAGAGAACUUGCUUUCUACACACAGGCUUUGGAGGGAACGAGGCAGGCAUUCGAGAAGCUUCAGGAUAUGGGCCUGCCAUUCCUUAGGCCUUCCGACUACUAUGCUGAGAUGGUGAAGUCAGAUGCUCACAUGGGGAAGGUAAAGGGACGACUUUUGGCAGAGAAGAAACAGAUGGAGGAAGCUGAGCAGAGAAGAAAGGCAAGGGAGGCCAAGAGACUAGCUAAAGAGGUUCAAGCACAGAAACUAAAAGAGAGAGCUAAGCAGAAGAAGGAAGACAUAGAGACUGUUAAGAAAUGGAGGAAGCAGAGGCAGCAAAGUGGCUUUGCAGGAGGGAAUAAUGAUGGUGAUCUGGGUUUGAACUUUGAAGAUGGUAAAGUAUUUGCAAAAUCAAACAAGAAGAGACCCGGGGUUGCUUCUGGAGACCGGUCAGGAGGGAAAGCAAAGCAAUUUGGUGGGAGUGGGAAGAAAAGGAAAAACAGGGAAUUUAGGGAUUCCAAAUUUGGAUUUGGAGGAAGAAAAAGCAUGAGGAAACAAAACACGACGGAAAGCACAAACGAAUUUAGAGGCUUCAACAAGGGUAAUGCUGCGGGAAACAAGAAGAGGAAGAAAUAACACACUGUUGGUUCAUUCUGGAUUCCUGUUUCAUCUUCUUUUUUGCAAAAUUUAGAUCAAUAUUAUCUUCGAGUUUUGACAAUUCGUUGUAGUGAUAAUGUUUUGUCUGAGAAUGCCUGUUUUAUUUAGGGACCUGCACUUGCUUUGCAGUCACUAUUUUGAUAGUUCAAAUUUAUUGGUUGCAGAAUGUUUUGUGAUAUUAAGUAAUUAAUUAAACUAAUAUAUUUGGAGAA